CACAACUACACAGGGACGGGUGGAGACUAGCGAGAGAGGAGAGCCUGGUGAAGAAGAAGAAGAAGACGAUGUCUUUCUGUUCACCUUUAUCGUCUCCCGGGUCUCUCUCUUCCUUCUCCAAAACCAAAUCCCAUGUAACCUCUCGCUUCAGAGCUUCUGCUGACGUUCCAGAUUAUCUCUCCGCGGAUUGGCUUGAAUCACGCAAGAAGAGACCUUUUGGCCCAAGAUUAAAUUUUAGUGCAGAAGAAGCUGUCCAGUGCCAGCUUGAUGCACUGAAGUACAAUGACCAGCCCCGUCAAGAUUAUGGAAUUGAGGUUAUGUACAGGUUUGCUGGAUUCGAUCCCUUUGAAAGGUCUACCUAUUUUGGGCCCUUCUUCGAUCUGGGACAGUUUGAACGGUUUAGGCGGAUUUUUCACCAUUCAACCUAUCGAGUUUUACUUGGUCAUAAGGAUAGAAAGAUUCUUAGCAGUUUGUUUGUGAAGGAGAACCGAUUCAAGCAAAGGGUUUGGAUACGAGGAAGUCGGCCAGAGGAAGAAGAAAUAUUUCAGUUUACCAUGUUUCAGAGGGUUGGUGGUUCGUGGGAUGGUUAUUGGCUGACAGAGAGUCUACUUCAUGAUGGGGACGCUUUUUCUGGUGGUUUGGCUUACUGAAUAGCUCAUGCAGCCAUCAUGUGGUGGACCUCUGUUAAUUACUUGUGCCCUGUUGUUACAGCAUAACAUUGUUUGCGUAAAUCUCAGAAUUUGUACAUAUGGAAUAAUUUAAAGCUUUGUAUAUAAAAACUGUGUAAUCAAUUAUAUAGCUCAGUUAUAUGUCUCAAGUCUCUCUC